GCGAGCGACCAGUCAUCGGUUCGCGUUUGUGGUUAGUAGUCGGUUGUUAGUGCCUGUGGUGUAAUAACUGGUUGUUGUUGUGCCGGUUUUUUUUUUGUUUGGGGUCUCGUGCGGUUCUACUUAGAUUGGUUUAGGGAGCGGCGGUGACGUGCAUAUGCGCAUUUAUUCGCCAUUGGUGCCACAUACAUAUGUAUGUACAAAAAUAGCUCAGCAAAAAAAAAAACGCUUCCUUAUACGAUUGUUUGUACAUACAAAUUAAAAAAAAGCGACCAUCGCAUUUCGCUUUCUUGACAUUUUUGAUUACGCAACGAGUGACGUUAACAUUGGGACAAAAUAGAGAGAGUGUUGCGAAUUCGUUCCACUGCCAAAGGAAUGGUUAGAUAUGUACACGCAAUAAAACAGCUGUUGCAGUGCGGUAUUGUGGCAUUUUCGCAGAAUAUUUUCUAUAGAUAAACACAACUUUUGUCUUGUCGGUUGGUUUAAGUGUAAUGCCACAGGUGUUUUAUCCGGCUUGCAAAUACGCGACUACUCAGAACAUUAAAGAAAUUAACAAUCGCACCUGAACUGCUACUUACUACAAGAACUACUUCGGUGUACAUAUAUCAAAUGUACUAAUUUCUUUUGUUACCACUUCUGCUUAUCGUCCACACGUGCCGCGACAUAAAUACAUAAGUGUCUACUUAACUUUGGAGCGCGAAAUUCCACGGCAUUCGACCCUGGUGGUAACUAAAGUGGUCUCAAUUACUAAUCUUUAGCAAUACUGUGAUCAUUGACGCAAAAUGGACAGCUCACGCAAGCCGGAAAAAUUAAAUCCUCGCCGUCAUGCCAAUAUAUUUUCGCAAUUACUUUUUGUUUGGGCCAUACCAUUGCUCUAUAAGGGGUCCAAGCAAGGUUUAAAUACCGAUGACUUAACCCAGUGCCUACCACAAGAUUGUUCAGAAGAUUUAGGAGAUCGUUUAGAAAACAAAUGGUACAGUGAAGUGGAGCGCGCACAUCGCAAAGGACGCAGACCACUGCUGCGUAAUGCAAUACUUCGCACAUUCUGGCUACCCGCCGUAGUUGAUGGCAUCAUAUCGCUCAUUUACAUCAUAAUUAAAUCACUCAUACCAGCCGUGCUAGCGCAACUACUGAUGCAAUUUCAAAAGCAAAAUGCGCCCACUUCAGUUCGCAUGACGAAUGUCACCACGGGCACAGAAGAUGUGAUAGCAAAUGCCACAAGUCGGACAGUGCGUUCCAUUGAGGCAGCCGCCAUGAAAAAUAUGUCAUUGUUAUCGUUGGUCACUGAUAUUGGUGUGGGUGCGGGCAGUGGCGGUGCAUCUUCUAACACGAUUGGUGUCACCGGAAAGUCUGCUACUAAUCCACUUUUGCUUGCCGAUAAUUCAUCAACGCCAGCUGAAUUGACAGCUAUCGAAGAUCCGUUUUUAUUCAUAUUAAAUGAUAUUUAUUGGUUGAGCGCCAUUCUGGUCAUAUCUACAUGGAUCGGAUGUUUCCUCAUUCAUCAUGUGGAUUUGCGGCAGAGAUUGAUGGGAGCACGCAUGCGUAUUGCAUGCUGCUCGCUGAUCUACAGGAAGACGCUUCACCUCUCGAUGCGCUCAGCUGGUCAAACUCCCGCCGGCUAUCUAAUCAAUCUGCUCUCUAACGAUGUAAAUCGCCUCGAUUAUGGUUUUAUAUACAUGCACUGGAUCUGGAUAAUGCCAUUGAAUGCCAUGCUAAUUUGUUAUCUCAUUUGGUUGCGCAUUGGUUGGGCCGCCGUUGUGGGUGUUGUAGGCCUUCUACUUAAAACCAUUCCCGUACAAACUGGCUUCAGUAAGUUGUCUUCGAAAUUGCGCAUGAAAAUCGCCGAACGCACCGAUGCACGCGUUGGCAUCAUGAAUGAAUUGGUUCAAGGAAUACAAGUGAUUAAAAUGUACGCCUGGGAGAAACCCUUCCAGGCUGUGGUGGGCGAAGCACGCCGACGUGAGAUCAAACAAAUUCGUUAUGCUUCCUAUUUGCGUGGCUUCUACCUGAGUACGAUGGUGUUCACUGAACGUUCCACACUCUACAUCACAAUCGCAUCGGCGGUAUUGAUGGGCAGUGAAAUUUCAGCAGAUAUUGUAUUCUCAGCGGCAAGUUACUACAAUAUACUGCAAUUGGUUGCGGCUAUUUGGUAUCCGCUCGCAGUGUCAUUCGGUGCCGAGGCAUUAGUAUCGCUAAAGCGUGUUGAAUCGUUUCUACUGCAAGAGGGACACGAUGAGAAGGUGAACGGGCUGACACAUAGGAAGGGCGAACCUAAAGGAGAUGAACGUGAUGCCUCCACAGCAAUUGUACUCAAACAAGUGAAUGCGAAUUGGGAUUUGUCGAAGCCGCAGCUUACAUUGCAGAAUAUAAAUUUGGAGAUGAAGAGAGGACAAUUGUGUGCUGUUAUCGGGCCAGUGGGUGCGGGAAAGAGCUCGUUACUACAGCUACUGCUGGCCGAAUUGCCAAUCACAGAUGGCGAGGUGGUUAUACAAGGCGAACUCUCUUACGCCGCUCAGGAGCCAUGGCUAUUCACCGGCACUGUACGCAAUAAUAUACUCUUCGGCGAAACUUACGAUCGCAAGCGCUAUCAGGAGGUGACUAGGUGUUGUGCACUCACUACGGAUUUCCAACAGCUGGCCAAUGGCGACAAGACGAUUGUGGGCGAACGUGGCGCAUCACUGUCGGGUGGACAGCGUGCACGUAUCAGCUUAGCACGUGCCGUCUACAAACCCGCUUCCAUUUAUCUGCUCGACGAUCCACUUAGUGCUGUGGAUGCGCACGUUGGUCGUCAUCUAUUCGACGAAGUAAUCGGUCCACGUGGCCGUUUGGCCACCGAAAAAGCAACGCGCCUUCUCAUUACCCAUCAAGUACACUUUCUUACCGAAGCCGAUUGGAUUGUAAUUUUAGAAAAUGGUCGCAUCUCACGUCAAGGUACCUACGAAGAAUUGUCCAAUAGUGAUUUAGAUUUUGCUAAACUACUUGAACGCAUAAAGGAGAAGGAAGAUGAAAGUGAAAAUGAAUCGGUCUUAUCACAUGAUCUGAGUAGCUACGAAGAUGAGGAUAUACCGUAUAUUGAUGGUGUGCGUGAUGGCUAUCAAUCGCUGCGUCGUACCAGUGUUAAUGAUGGCUCCCUAACACGCAAAUCGGCUAGUCUGGCCAUUAGUUCGGAGCAGGAUCUCUCCGAAGAUUCGGGCAUAGCUGAGGAUCAGGCGAAGGGUGGAGUUUCUGGUCGUGUUUGGUGGGAAUACUUUCAUGCUGGUAGCAGCCUGUGCGGUUUGAUCUUUAUGACAAUUGUCAUGCUAAUGUCGCAGGUGGUUUGCAGUGGUUCUGAUUAUUUUGUAAAUAUUUGGACACAACAAGAAUAUUUGCGUUCGCUCAGUAAGCCAACGACUUUUACAACAUUCGAGUGUUUGUACAUAUAUGGUGCACUCAUUAUUGCUGUUGUUGUGAUGACAACCUUCCGUGGCUACCUCUUCUUCAAGGUUUGCAUGCAUGCGUCCAAAGUGCUACACGAUCGCAUGUUCGGCUGCAUACUGCGUGCGACAAUGCGUUUCUUUGAUACAAAUCCGUCCGGCCGAAUUUUAAAUCGCUUCUCCAAAGAUAUGGGCGCCAUUGAUGAAUAUCUACCGAAGGCUAUAAUGGAUUUCAUACAAAUUGCAUUAGUCAUGUUUGGCAUAUUGAUUGUCAUUACUGUCGUCAAUCCCAUACUGUUGGUAUCUAUCUUCAUAGUCGCUGUGGUUGAUUACUGGGUGCUGCAGCUGUACUUGCGGCCAUCACAGGAUCUCAAGCGUUUGGAAGGCAUAUGUCGCAGUCCCGUAUUCUCACAUCUCUCCGCUACACUCUCUGGCAUUGCGACGAUACGCGCGCGUGAACUGGAAGAUGUGGUAGCGAAGGAGUUUGACGGUCUGCAGGAUGUGCACAGCGCUGUUUGGCAGCUAACAAUGGCCUCAAAUACAGCGCUGGGCUUGUGGUUGGACUGUGUCAGCUGCUGCUUCCUAGCCUCGGUGACGUUCAGUUUCACGCUGGUAGACAGUCAUACAUUUAGCGGCAAUGUGGGUCUGGCUAUUUCACAAGCUAUGAUUCUUACUGGCAUGGUGCAAUAUGGCGUUCGACAAGUGGCCGAAUCGCUGCAGCAAAUGACCAGCGUUGAGCGUGUACUACAAUAUACUGAUCUCGAACAAGAGUCUGAGAAUACAAAACUGCCACCGGGCGAUUGGCCCACACAGGGACAGGUUGAAUUUAAGGAUUUGUCACUGCGUUAUGAUCUCAGCAAUCCACCCGUACUGAAGCACUUGAAUAUCACCAUCGAACCAAGCUGGAAAGUGGGCGUGGUGGGACGUACUGGCGCCGGCAAGAGCUCACUCAUUGGGGCGCUCUUUCGACUUUCGCAUCUGGAGGGUGACAUUCUUGUCGAUGGCAUUGAGACGGGCAGUAUUUCGCUAGAGUCACUGCGUUCCAAGAUUUCGAUUAUACCACAAGAUCCCGUACUAUUCUCCGCCACCAUACGUUACAAUUUGGAUCCAUUCGAUAAGUAUGGUGAUGCUGAUUUGUGGCACGCGCUAGAAGAUGUUGAACUGAAAGGCGCCGCACCGAGCUUGGAUUACAUGGUGACCCAACGCGGCAGCAAUUUCAGUGUUGGCCAACGUCAGUUGCUAUGCUUGGCGCGCGCUAUAUUGCGCAACAACAAGGUGUUGGUACUGGAUGAGGCUACAGCCAACGUGGAUCCACAAACUGACGCCCUCAUUCAAACCACCAUACGUACCAAAUUCAAGCACUGCACUGUGUUGACUGUGGCACAUCGCCUGCACACCGUCAUGGAUUCAGAUCGUAUACUCGUUAUGGAUGAUGGCCGCGCACGAGAAUUCGAUAUACCGCAUUUAUUGUUAAAGAAACAGGGUGGUGCCUUACGACAGAUGGUAGACGCUACUGGUGCCGAAGCAGAAUCAUUGAAGAAAAUUGCCAGCGAGACAUACCAUAACAUGCAGCAUGCGUGAGCGUGUGGGUCGGGGGGAGGUGGGGAGAGUAGGUGAGAGUUUGAAAAACAAUCGAAUGUAUGUACGCAGGCAGGGUGUAGCGCUGUUUUUGUUAGCUACAUUUUUGGUUUGAAAUGUUAAAAAAUUAAA